AUGGGCUAUGCGAAUGAGAGUCUGUCCAAAGUCUACAAAGUAUGGGAAUCCGUGGAACCAGGGACAGCAGAUGAAGAAAAGAAUAAUAUGGCGAUCAGUCUACUGUUUCAGUCCAUACCCGAGUCUCUUUUUUUACAACUCGGUGAACUCGAUACAACGAAGAAAGUAUGGGAAGCCAUUAAAACACGAUAUGUCAGAGCAGAGAGAGUCAAAGAGGCUCGACUACAGACACUGAUGGCUGAAUUUGAUCGGCUGAAGAUGAAAGAGUCGGAAAACAUCGAUGACCUCUCAAGGAGUCUGCCUCGAAAAUACAUCUAUAUUGUGGCUUUCCUUGAACAAGUCUUGGAUCUUAACACCAGCAGCUUCGAAGAUAUUAUUGGGCGGUUAAAAGUUUAUGAGGAAAAGAUUUUUGAAGAAGAUGAAGCACAAGAGGAUUCAACCAAACUUAUGUAUGCAAAUACAGAGGAUCAAUCAGAGCAAUCAAAUCGUGACUACAACGGCAAUUGGAAUAACAAUUGGAGAGGUCGAGGUCGCAGAGGACAACAAGGCAGGGGUCACAGACGAUUUAAUGGAAGAAGAGAUUCAUCAUCGAUAACAUGUUACCGAUGCGACAAGGUUGGUCAUUAUGCUUCAGAGUGUCCAGAUCGACUGCUCAAGCUUCAGGAAGCUCAAGAAAAUACCAAUACGGAGACACAAAGUGCUGAUGAGCUGCUGAUGCAUGAGGUGGUUUAUUUGAACGAAAAGCAUUGCAUACCAAGUGAAUACGAGACAAACUCAGGAGAUGAAGACUUGUGGUAUCUUGACAAUGGGGCCAGUAAUCACAUGAUGGGAGAUCAGAGAUAUUUUUCAAGUAUCGACGAAUAA